AUGGAUAUGGAUAUGGAUAUGGACAUGGACAUGGAUAUAGAUAUGGAUAUGGAUAUGGAUAUGGAUAUAGAGUCAGACCCUAGAGUCGUUGUGCCUAUGACACAAGAUGAGUUCAUCAGUUUUCAUAACAUCGACCGCCAACUCUUCUCACGCUUGGUGGUAGAACUUGGUCGUGAAACUAGCCAAUCCACUCAUGUUAUGGCCUUCAUUUUGUGGGUUGAAAAUAAGAUCAAGAAUCUCAAAAUUGUGGAAACUUUGCUCAAUUGGCACUACACUCAUCUUAGCAACCUCACAGAUGAGGUCAUUGUGGUGUUGAAUUGCAUUGAGGGCGCUGAUAUUCCUUCUUUUGCUAACCAUGAACACUCAUUGCCUCUGAUCCAAAGCAUCAUGGGUGCCACAUUCACUCUCCAGUACUUCCAUUAUAAUCGGAUGGAAAUCAUCAGUGCAGUGACCAAGAUACUCAAUGAUGUGUGUAUAAGCGCUUUCACUGACAUAGUGCAUGAAGUGCAAUAUGUGAACGCUAUAAAGUUACAAAACUAUUCUGCAACAAACUAUUAUGAGGAAUUGCCGUAUAAUCCUUAUUACAUGCAACAGGAAGUGCAUGAUACUUCUGCUUCUGAGGUUGCAUUUGUUCCCCAACAAAUUGCGGCAACAGUUCCACAAUGGAAUCAAUUAGGAAAUUAUGAAUCUAAUCAUAAUGAAAGUCAAGUUGAAACAUAUGAUGCUUCAGAAAAACUAAAUUUUAAUGAAGACAUCAUAACUUUGGCAAAGCCGGUGUUUACACAGGUUGUUGAUGAAGCUACUACAAUUACUAUUGAGAAUGAUAAAGGAAAGGGAAAGAAGGUGACUAAAGAAGAAAGGACAAUCUUUAUGACAUUCUGCAAAGGAUACCCAAUUUCUGAGGCUGAAUUGCGACAACACUUUACAAGAAAAUAUGGAGAAGUGGUAGAGUCAGUUUUAAUGGAAGAUGUGGUGCCGCCGACACAACCAUCAUUUGCUCGCCUUGUGAUUCUUGAUGAGACAAAGGAAGUAAUUGACAACUUCCUUACUCCAUUUGGUCGACUUGGAUUCACCAUAAAUGGCAAGCAUGUGUGGGCACGGAAAUACGUGCGCUGGUAA